AUGGUACCGGUGGUGGAGUUACAAAAUCAUGCGGCACAGGGCAACACACCACUUAAUGCACUUCCCAUGGAGUUUCCCAGUUGGACUCGAGCAGACGAUGAUGACAGCGAAAUAGAUCUUAGGCCGACCAAACUACGUCGUAGGAGCAAUAAGGGAAAUGCGGGGGGUGACUGGGACAGGGAGAACGAAGCGAUACGCCGCACUGCUACCGAACGUUUGAGCAACAGCAACCACCAUGACAGCAGAGGGUUACUCAAGGACAUCGCGAAGCCAGUCAUAAGCGGGAUACUCAAUGCCUUUGAUGCCAAAAAGUCGGACAGUGGAACAGACAGCGGUGAAGACGAUGACCAGAAGAAGCCUAAGCCGCCCAAGCCUGUCGCGAUUCAAACUCAACCGCCGCCCAUUGCUCCUCCUCCUAAUUUACCAUCGCCAUCACCCAGCCCAUCACCCAGCCCAUCGCCUGUCUCACCAACAUUUUCUUCCUCUUAUUUGACACUACCAACUGCGGUAUUCCCAAGUUUACCACAGCCCAAACCAACAGGCGGUGUUGUUAACCCUAUUCAGACGACUUCUGGAAACCAAGUGUCCAACAUUGGAGGGUCUUCAAGUAUGAAAUUCAGCACCUUGACACCCUCAAGUGCUCCGACAACAACUCUAUCCACAACCCGUAGCAGAGGGCCAACGUUAUCACUGACACCAAUCGUCACUGCUCCCGUGCCGGCAUUAUCCUCUGGCGCGAGGAAGGGAGUCGAUUUUGAGUCUACGCCGGAUUCAGCUGUGACAUUCACAACAUCGAGGUCUUUCACGAGCUCAACAAGCUCCUUUUCGCACUCUCCUACGGAGGGUGCUAACUCAGUCGAUCACCCUCACGAGAACUACAAGGGGAAUGUACACCCAAAAGUAGAAAAGGCUCUCAUUUCGCUCGGCACAAUUGGCGCAGUUAUCAUUAUCGGAUUUCUCGGGUGGUUGAUCUUGCGAUGCUACAAACGUCGUCGUGGAAUAGAUAGCCUCAGGGCCGGUAAACGACCUUUUACGGAUGGCCCAAAGCGCCUGGUGGCAAGCGGAGUGUCUCGUGUUCCGUUUCUGAACAACCGUUUCGGUAACAGGGUACGGGGCUGGAAGAACCUUGAUCAGGCAGAUGUCGGCCCAUUCGACGAGAAGGCUUAUCUGACGCAAUCGAUCACGUCUCAACAGUUGCCUGCCCAGGCAAUUGUUGUUCAAACAGACUUCGUAAGAAGUAGUGUACACGCCAAGCGUAUGCAAAACGAAUCUGCUGGCCAUAUACCGAAAGAGUCUAUAUCAUCCAUUGAACCCCAGUUCAACAAUACCCUCCGCUCCGAGACGCAGCUCCCAAACGUUCGCAUGAGUGACGUAUCUUCCCUGUCUUCCGGGUUUGGCGAUGGCCAAUUUAUUAUAGACACGUUGAGUAGCAGCACGAACACUGCACAGAACACAGCCUCCGAAGCCACAAUCAAGGCACCAUUACCUGUGGCGAGGCGAGAGAGCGUUGCAACCUUGGGCCAGCGGCGGGACACUGUAUAUACCGAAGCGAGCGAGGACAUGCCGCCUCGAUUCCGAACCGUCAGUUCGUGGGUAAGACAGCAGACCGGAAGAGUGACCCGCGCCAAGCAGAGGGAUGAGGCUUCCGACACACCUCCUGUUCCCGCGUUACCGCCAGAGCAAGACUUUGGCUUGAUGAUGCCUGAUGGAGAAGAACCUCGCCGAGCAGACUCUACAAUUGGAUACGGAAUAGCUCGAUGA